AUGUUUAACAUUCAUACAACCAGGCUUGUCAAACUCAAGCCAAUAAGACUACUACAAUUCAAUCGUUCAGUGAAGACCUUAACUAUGGAUUGGAAGCCAAUGAAGGCCGUGCCAGGGAAUUUGCGUACUUUGGAACAUCAAUCAAAAAUGCCAACAAUACGUCGUGUACUUUUAGGACUCAUGUAUGCCAUGCCUAUAAUUUCCUUUGCAUUAGGAUGUUGGCAAGUGCAUAGAUUACAAUGGAAAACCGACUUAAUUGCAAAGUGUGAAAAUAAUCUUGCAGCCCCUGUGAUUCCAGAAUUACCACCAAACUUGGAUCCAUCAGUUAUAGCAGACUUUGAAUAUCGAAGAUUUAAAUGUAGAGGCCGUUUUGAUUAUGACCAGGAAAUGUUCUUAGGACCACGAUUAAAGGAUGGAGAAUUAGGGUAUCUUGUUGUAACACCGUUUAUUAGAAAAAAUGGAGGAGAUCCGAUUUUAAUUGAAAGAGGAUGGAUUCUGAAAGACAAAGUUGUCCCCAGUAGCAGAUCAUCUGGAUACUUAUCACAUUUGGCCAGACCACAAGGUGAAAUAGAAAUAGAAGCAUUAUUUCGGGUUAUGCCAAAGAAAUCGUUUUUACAGUUGGAGCACGAACAAGGCUCAAGAUUAUUCCAUGUCCCUGAUGUUCCUGCUAUGGCCAAACAAAGUGGAUCUUUACCCAUUUAUUGCCAAAUGAUCUACGAUUUACACGAUCACAUAGACUGGAGGAAAGAUGAAAAUGGACAACAGCAGAAACCAUCCGUUAUCAGCAGUUUGCUUUUUUCAAAGAAGAAGGAUUCAGAUGCAGCUUUUAUUGCAACAAAUGCCAACAAGGAUGAGACUUUACAGUUUCAAGAAUUUGAGUUUGUAAAUGAAGGUGUGCCAAUUGCCGCAAAGCCUUUUAUUAAGUUUUCCAACAACCACUUGCAAUAUUUAAUUACUUGGUUUGGCUUAUCAAUUGGUAGUACUGUUUUGUUACUUUUUUCAAUUUACAAAAGUAAGCAGUUUGCUACUGCCGAACAAUUGUUGGCAGCUAAAAGAAAAGACAUGCAAAAGAAAGCAUGA